AUGCAAUCUGCAGGCGAGUUCGCACCGCUCCUCACCGCGCGGCUCCACCACCACCACCACCUUCCUCGCCUCCUCUUCCAUAGUAGUCGCCCCCGACCGUCGUCUUCCCUAUCUCGGUUGACUCUGUUUCACACAGUGACGCAAUCUGUCAAGAUAUUCUACACUCCUUUUUUGAGGCAUAUAUGGACAUGGUUGGGUCUAUCUCCAGCAACUAGAAAGAAUUUUAAAUCUCGUCUGGCUUCAGGUUACAGUUGUAUCAUAGUGCCUGGUGGAGUACAAGAGACGUUCCAUAUGGAGCAUGGCUCUGAGCUUGUUUUGAGUACUGGAAGCGGUGUUAAUGGUUUCACUCUAGAUCCAUCUCUUGGAGUGUAUAUUUUAACUCAUCCAGACAUCAAGGGAUCGAGUCGAUUGGAAGAAAGUCAACACGGCCUUAAUUAAGGUUUGUAAUGGAUGAUCUAAAGGGAGCUAAGUGGCC